UCCUGGUUCAGCCAGAAGCGUAGCCAUUGUCUUGCGCGCGGACGCUUUCUGUUUCGGCGCACCUCGGCCCUUUGGAAGUUAACGCGAGAGGCCUUGCGGAUGCCGACCACGGGAAGGGACAGAACUAGCUUAACCCUAGUCUGUCGUGUGCAGAGUCGGGGCAGAGAGUUGCUUAACCGAGCUUGUCCUGCUGCAGAGCUGUGCUGGGCACUGAAGCUGGGACGGGCCCUGUUUGGUCCUGGAGCUGGUGGACGCCCAGCUCAGGACGUCAGGCUCCUGCCGGUGCCUGGAGGAGAGCAUGGAAGAGCAGGAUGAGAAGCCCCCAGGGCCCCUGAAGGCCUGUGCACAGGACUCUCUCCUUCCUCAGGAGAUUAUUGUCAAGGUCGAGAGAGACGAUGCUGGGUCACUGGCUGUCCCAUCCCAGGAAGGAGUGAACUUCAGAAUAGUGACUGUAGACUUCACUCAGGAGGAAGAAGGCACUUUGAAUACUGCUCAGAGGGCCCUGGACAGAGAUGUGAUCCUGGAGGACCACAGGGACAUAGUCUCUUGGGAGUCGGUAACUGCACUUGGAAAACGAGAAUCAACAUCAAAGCAGAGCAUUGUUGAUGAUGAACCAUCCCGCAGAGUGAAAAUAGAAAGAUUGACAAGAGAUAGUUCUUGGUUAUCUUCAUGUGAAGAAGUUCGGGAUUGUGAGGAGCAGUUGGAGAAGCAACAGGAAAAACAAGGGAGACUUUUGAAGGAAGUGACGUUUACUCACAAGAAAGCUAUUACUUAUGAGAGAAGCAGCAAAAGUGAUGACCUUGAGGAGAAGGGUGGUCUGAAUUCCAGUCUUCUUUCACCCCAGAUGAUACCCAUAAGAAACCAUUUUCAUAAACGUGCCUCACAUAUUAAAAAAUUGCAUUAUAAUUCUAUGGUAAAUGAUCAUCAGAUGAUUAAUGAUAGUGAGAAAGUCUGUGAAAAUAAUGAAUGUGGUGGAAACCUCCCCCAGAGCAUUCAUUUUAUUCAAUUUACAAGAACUCAAACAGAAGAUAAAGCCUAUGGAUUUAGUGACAGUAUUCAACCUUUUAGCCAUUGUACACCCCUAGAUAUACAUGAGAAAAUAUGUGCACAAGGAAGAUCCUUUGAUUUUAAGGACUGUGGGCAAGUUUUAAACCAUAGUGUAUCGUGUAAUGAACAACAGAGAAUCUCCAUUGAAGAGAGUCAGUUUAAAUGUAGUAAAACCUCCCAGAGUUCAUCUCCUGCUCAAAACAUGAGAAAUCGUUCUGAGGAGAAACCCUUUGAAUGUAAUCAGUGUGGAAAAUCCUUCAGCUGGAGCUCUCAUCUCGUUGCACAUCAGAGAACUCAUACAGGGGAGAAACCUUACGAAUGUAAUGAAUGUGGGAAAUCAUUCAGCCGCAGUUCUCAUCUCGUUUCCCAUCAGAGAACUCAUACUGGAGAGAAACCUUAUAGAUGUAAUCAGUGUGGGAAAUCCUUUAGCCAGAGCUAUGUCCUUGUUGUGCAUCAAAGAACUCACACUGGAGAGAAGCCUUAUGAAUGCAAUCAGUGUGGAAAGUCAUUCAGACAGAGCUACAAACUUAUUGCCCAUCAAAGAACUCAUACGGGAGAGACCUAUGAAUGUAGUCAGUGUGGAAAAUCAUUUAUUCAGAGCUAUAAACUUAUUGCCCAUCAAAGAAUUCAUACUGGAGAAAAGCCCUAUGAAUGCAAUCAAUGUGGAAAGUCUUUUAGUCAGAGUUACAAACUCGUUGCCCAUCAGAGAACUCACACAGGAGAAAAACCCUUUGAAUGUAAUCAGUGUGGAAAAUCUUUCAGCUGGAGUUCUCAACUUGUUGCACACCAAAGAACUCAUACUGGAGAGAAACCCUAUGAAUGUAAUGAGUGUGGGAAAUCUUUCAACCGCAGUUCUCACCUUGUUAUGCAUCAAAGAACUCAUACUGGAGAAAAGCCCUAUGAAUGUAAUCAGUGUGGGAAAUCCUUCAGCCAGAGUUAUGUUCUUGUUGUACAUCAGAGAACUCAUACUGGAGAAAAGCCCUAUGAGUGCAGUCAGUGUGGGAAGUCAUUCAGGCAGAGUUCAUGCCUUACUCAACAUCAGAGAACUCAUACUGGAGAGAAACCCUAUGAAUGUAAUCAGUGUGGGAAAACGUUCAGUUUGAGUGCUCGACUUAUUGUACAUCAAAGAACUCAUACUGGAGAGAAACCUUUUACAUGCACUCAGUGUGGGAAAGCUUUCAUUAAUAGUUCUAAACUUAUUAGGCACCAGGCAACUCAUACUGAAGAGAAACCCUAUGAAUGUAACUAGUUUGGAAAUUUUUCAGCCAAAGUAUCUUCCUUCUUUCCUCCCUCCCUUCCUUCCUGCCCUCCUCCCUUCCUUUCUUCCUUCCUCCCUCCCUUUCUCCCUCCCUCCUACCUUUCAUUCCCUCUUUCCAUUCCUUCAGGAUUACUUGUAUUAGAAAGAAAUAGCAUGAAAAUAAUGUGUGUGGAACAGCUUUCAGUUAGCUCUUUGUUAUUGUGUAUCUGGAAAUUUCAUUCUGGAGAAGAAAGAAAAACUGAAUCACAUUUACUUAGCAAUUCCAUGUCCAAAAAAGAUCAAACUUGGCCCUUAUGACACAUUGCCAUGAAAGUAAUAAAUAUUGGCACUUUUCCUUGCAGAAAGCACUUCAGUCUGAAUCUGAGAGAAUUAUUAUUAAAUGGGCAAUAUGCUGUGGAGUGAUUGCCAGUGAGGUGGACCUCUUUUCCAAUAAAGAAUAAAUGAGAAUGCUAACACUGA